UAAUAUGAGGUAGGAGUGAACAGAACCUACUGUAAAUAACACAUUUAACCAAAUGUGCAGUUUAAAUAUAACCUAUUGUCUCCGCAUGUGCUGAAUAAUCUUGCCCUAAAUCACCCUGUAGUCAUUUGCAUGUUCCUCAGUUGAUGUAGGCUAUAUCUCGUAGCAGUCGUAUUUUUUUUUCAUAACAUAUCUAUAUAAACUUUCAAUCUAAAUUUGUUUUGCAAUAUGUUGCACUGGGCUUAUUUAUAAAAAUAUACUGCCAGUCCUACCUUGAAAAUGAUCAUCAUUAUCAUCAACAACACAUAAUUUCUUUUCCUCAUGUCUCCAGCAACAAAGACAUGGAAGCUAAGCUCAGGCAGCUGGAGUGUCUGUUUACAUGGGGAGUAGAAAAAUCAGACAUCAGGGAUUUGAACAGUUUACCAGACAGACUCCAUGACAGGAUCAGAUUUUGUCCACAAAAGUAUCAUGCUACAUAUUUCAACCUUCUGGCUUUUAUCAACCACCUGGAGGGUAAAACUGAGAGUGCACUGGAUUACCUUCAAAAGGCUGAAUUGGCAUUAAGGGAAGACCAGAGAAAGAAAGCUGAGUUCCUUGUGACGUUCUCCAGCUUUGCAUGGGUACAUUAUCACUUGCAGAGGCUGAAUGAAGUGGAAGAUUACUUGAACAAGAUGAAAAGUAUAUGCAAGGACAUACCAGGUUCAUCUGAAUACUCCUGCAGCUUGCCCGUAGUUCAUGGUGAGAAAGGCUGGAGCUUUCUGAGACUUGGAGGAACGUUCUAUGAGCAAGCAAAAGAGAGUUUCUCUAAGGCUCUUGAGGCAGAACCAGACAACAUGGUUUUUAAUGUAGGCUACGCAAUAGUGCUUUACAGGAUAGACGGCAUGAACAAAGCAGAAGACACUGGAACAGUCACCGAACAGCAAAGAAAGGCUCUCAGCCUGGAGCCCACAAACACUGAGAUCAUGGUACUUUUGGCUCUGAAACUCCAGAGGUCAAGGAGACAGGAAGCCCAGAACCUUAUAAAAGAGGCCCUCAGGGUGUCUCCUGACAUCCCACAAGUCACCAGAUAUGUUGCUAAAUAUUUCAGGGCAGAGCGCUCCAUUAAAGAAUCACUGUCUCUCCUCACUAGGGCAGUGGAGCAGGCCCCAAACUCCUCCUUCCUGCACCAUCAAAUCGGCCUUUGCCAUAAACAGCUGCUUAUUCAGAUGUUGGAGGAGAGGAGGCCCGGUAGACGCGUUCCUGCUGCUCAGAAAUCUGCUAAGGUGGCUGAAUGUAUCCAGCACUUCUCAAAGUCUGUAGAGCUGAAGCCUAACAAUAUUUAUGCCAAAGUAAAUUUAGCAGAGGCCUAUGGGGAGAACCGGCAACUUGAACAGGCAGAGAAGAUUUUCUGCAGCCUGAUAGAUGACAAGGCUCUCAGUGAGUCUGAUAAGCAGCACUGCUACACAUCCUAUGGUGUAUGCCUGCUCUACAAGAAAAAGGUUGAAGACCAAGCCGUCAGUCAGUUCAAGUCAGCAUACAUGAUUCCUAUCGACAGCUACGCAAGAAAACAAGCCGGCAAGAAGCUCAGACUAAUCGCAGAGAGGAAUCUCAAUACCAGGCAGAAAGUCAGAGAAGCAUUCGAGAUUUUGGCUUUUAUAUCCUCUGAAGACAAGCAGGAGACACAAGCAAAGGAGUAUCUGCGGAGAGCCCAUCAGCACUGCUCACAUACUGAUGAGCUGUCAAAAAACUUUGCUAAGGGACUGAAAUUUUAACUUUCUUACUUAUACAUACUUUUAUCAAAAAACUUACUGCAGGGGUGCCCAACCAUGUUCCUGGAGAUCUACCUUCCUGCUGAGUUCAGCUCCAACCCUGACUUACUGUAAUGCUUUUAAUGUGCACUUAUUCAUUUACAUUCAUUCUUUUAUCAGAAGCUUUUAUCCAAAGAGAAUAUAAAAUCCAGAAAAGUAUAAAUAAUUUUAUUUUUCUGGAAAUAAAAUCCAGAAAAGUAAAAAUAUAUAUUGUCAGUGGCUGAAUAAUGUUUAUAUAAAUAACAGUAGUAUUUAAUAGUAUUUGAAAUUGAGAAACAUUCUGGGUGUUAGUGAUGGUGAUUUUGACUUCAGUGCAGGUGACAUUGUUAAACAAUUAGAUGGUGACAAGACUGUCUUUAUAAGUGAGUCAGUAGCAAACUUACUUUUACUUUAAACACUAUCUUGUAUAUGUGUGUGUGUGUGUGUGUUUAUAUAUACACGUCACUAUAUAUAAAUAAAAUAUAUAUAAUAAAAAUAAACAAAAAAAUGAUUUUUUUUUUUUAUGUACAGUUUUAUUGUCAUUGUCUCUUUGCUGAAAAUGACAGUUAAACAAAGAAAUACAUAUGCUAAAGAAACAUGACUAGUUUACAACCAAAUAUUACACUUUAUUUUAUGCAGCCUUAAGCGCUCUGUCUUUUGUUGUCACUCUUUCCCUUCCUCUUCAGCCAAGGUUUCAGUUUCCAUUCUGAGUUUAACACUCCCAUCUCUAGGAGAGGUUAAUAAAGCCUGCACAACCUUCCUCAUCAAGUAGAUUCUGAAGCAUUUAUCGUACAGACGUCCUAGAU